UCGGAAGAGGCAACCAAACUGUUGUUCCAUCAUAUCCCGGCAAGAUGCUGUACAAGAGCUUUCUUCUACUGAGUGUUUUCGCUGUCGCAUGCUACGGACAGUCGCGGGUGCCCGUCUACGUUUACUACGAAUCACUCUGCCCGGAUAGUGCAAAGUUUGUCAACGACCAGCUGUACCCGGUGGCCACGUCGAAGGAGUUUAAACAGUACAUGGAACUUCAUUUGGUGCCGUUCGGCAAGUCCUCGUACGCGACCAAGGGCUCGGACGUCACCUUCGAAUGCCAUCACGGUGAGAACGAGUGCUACGGCAAUAAGGUGCACGCCUGCGCCAUCGAGCACAUCCAGGGUAAUUCGUAUCAGCCAGAAAUGUCCCGUGAAAAUCUCACUCUCGAGUACGUCAACUGCCUGAUGGAGCGAGCCCAGUUCAAGGAUGGCCCGUUCCCGCUCAAGGUUUGUGCUGAGAAGGUGAAAAUCGACCAGGCGGACGCGAUCGAGAAAUGUGCCGCCGAAAACGAGGGAAGCAUACUGCUGAAAAAGUAUGGCGAUGCGACCAACAAACUUCAGCAGCCCCUAAAAAGUGUGCCCACCGUUGCCUUCAAGCAGACGUACGAUGAGGAAUUGCAGAAACUAUCGGUGAGCAGCUUCCGUCACGCAUUGUGCAAAAAUCUAAGCCCGCAACCGGUGGCAUGUCUUGAUCUACCCGGAUCAGCAUCUACAAUUAGUUCGUUUGCCGCGAUCAUCACUGCUGCCGCCUUGUUCAUCGCUAGACUAUUUUAGAAAUACUUCCAGGGCAUCUAGCGAGCAAAUACUUAAGUCAUGCAUUCCAGGUGUUAACGUAUAAUUGAUGUGUGGGCUUUUUCUGGUUCUUAAACAGAAAAACUAGUUUUUUUUAUUGCCACACUAGAAUUCUGAACACACAUUGAUUAUGUACGCACUGCCGAUCCGCAUUAUCCGUCCAAAAGAAGUGUUGUAGCACACAGUUGUGUGCAUGAUGUUUUAAAUAUAUGAACAAAAGAAUUCGUCGCCGUUCUGGCAUGA